AUGGCGGAAGAACACCGAUGCGAGACUCCGGAAGGUCACCGUCUCUGCGCCAACAACUGCGGCUUCUUCGGUAGCUCUGCCACCAUGAACCUCUGCUCCAAAUGCUACGGCGCGAUCAGUUUGAAGGAGCAGGAAGACGCGUCGACCAAAUCCAAAAUCGAAACCGCGCUUUCUUCCUCCGCGAAGACGCCGUUGUCCACGUCGCCUCCGGCGGUGGUUGAUGUCCUUAUCAAAGCUUCGUCUCAGCCUCUGCCUCAGCCUCCGGCUGAAGUCUUGGUCACGGUUCCAGUUCAGGUCGUUGUGGCAUCGAGUUCUGUAGCCUUAGGUUCGGCGCAACCGAACCGGUGCGCCUCGUGUCGGAAGCGCGUGGGAUUGACCGGGUUCAAGUGCAGGUGCGGAGUUACCUUUUGCGGGGCCCACAGGUAUCCGGAGAAGCACGCGUGCGUGUUCGACUUUAAGACGGUGGGGCGAGAGGAGAUUGCUCGGGCCAACCCCGUGAUCAAAGCGGAGAAGCUGCGGAGGAUAUGA